AUGGUAAGCAGAGCACCCACGCACAAUGCACAUGGAAGAGAUGCAUACUACAUCCGUCAUACAAUCAAUCUCUCUCUCUCUCUCUCUCACUCUUUCUCUGACACACAAAAUCUUACAGGUGCUCCGGUGCAAAAGCCAGCAGCCAGCCAGCGUAUCGGCAACCAACUGCGUGCCACGACGCUCCUCCAGGACAUCAAUCUCCUCGAGCUGAUCCAGCACCUGACCCAUGAGCGUAUCCCAGAGCGCCUGGUUCACGCCAGGGGCACAGGCGCCCACGGCUACUUCGAAGUGACAGACGACAUCACGGACUUGACCAGCGCCGCGUUCCUGAACCGGGUGGGCAAGAGGACUCCACUGUUCACGCGUUUCUCGACCGUCGCUGGCGAGCGUGCGUCGGCCGAGACGGUGCGCGACACCCGUGGGUUUGCCUUUAAGCUCCGGACCGAGGAGGGCAUCCUCGACUGGCUGUUCCUGUCCACGCCUGUGUUCCCCAUCCGUGACGGCGCCAAGUUCCCGUCCUUCACACACGCCACCAAGAGGAACCCCAAGAGCGGCCUGCCGGACCACAGCAUGUUCUGGGACUACUUCACCCAUAACGAGGAGGCCAUUCACUUCCUCAUGUUUCUCUUUAGUGACCGGGCCACGCCUGUCAACUUUCAGCAUGCCGACUGCUUCAGCAUCAACUGCUACAAGUUCACCAAGCCUGAUGGCAAGUUUGUCUACGUGCGCAUCCACGUCAAGACAAACCAGGGGGUCGAGAACUUUACCGUCGCCGAGGCCGCCACCGUAGCAGGCGAGGAUCCAGACUUCCAGACCCGCUCGCUCUUUGAGGACCUCAACGCCGGGCGCACGCCCUCCUGGGACGUCUACGCGCAGGUCAUUGAGCCGGAUGCUGUCGCACGCUCCCCUGUCGACAUCUUCGACGCCACCAAGACGCUGCCGUUCAAGGACUUCCCCCUGCGCAAGUUUGGCCGCAUCGUGCUGGACAGAAACCCAGAGAACAACUUUGCCGAGGUCGAGCAGGCGGCUUUUAGCCCGACCAACAUCGUGCCUGGUUGGUCUCUGUCGCCAGAUCCAAUCCUCCAGACCCGUGCCCUCGCCUACGCAGACACCCAGCGAUAUCGUCUGGGCACGAACUUCAUCCAGUUCCCCAUCAACCGCCCGGCCUAUUCCUUCACCCCCCUCAACCGCGACGGCCAGGGCGCCAGCGGCGACAACCUAGGCGCUACCCCCAACUACUACCCCAGCUCCUUCUUUGCCUACGGCGCCGCCGCCCAGUACGCCACCUCGGGCGUAAACGAGGAGCGCUUUGACGGCCCCGUGGUCGACUACGAGUCCCCCCUCCGCCCGGAUGACUUUGCCCAGGCUACCUCGUUCUGGCGGGACGUGCUGGCCCGCGAGAAGGGCCAGCAGGACAACUUUGUCGGCAACGUCGCGGCGCACCUGCGAAGCGCGGUGGCGGCCGUGCGGGGUGAUGUGUAUGCGCUCUUUGCGCGCGUGGACGAGGAGCUGGGCAAGAGGAUCGCGCGGGCGACGGAGAUUCUGGUGGCGGAGGCGGCGGCCGCAGAGGAAAAUGGGGCUGUGGAGGGCGACGCGGCGCAGGCGACUAGGAAGAUUGCGGUGCUGCAUCGGCAGAAGGUUGAGAUUGCUGGGGGUGAGCGAGGGGUGGUCGUGCAGAAAUGA